AUGGAUUUGAGAGAAUUGUGUAAAUUUGAAAAUGAUAAACAUAAAAUUUUAUUUACAUUUCCAACGCAUUUAACAGAAAAUGGCAACAAAGACAUUUGUGUUUCGGACUCGGGAGCUGUUGUGGUAAUAGAUGAAAAAGGAGUUUUCAGAUUUCGAUACCGAGGUAUUUCUCAGGAUUCUAACUUCGAUCCAUACGGCAUAUGUUCUGAUUCUGAAUGCAAUAUCAUCGUGGCUGAUAUGAAAAACGACAAAAUACAUAUGAUAAAUCAGAAUGGAGGCUUUAUCUGUUUUCUUUACUACGAAGACAUGAAAAUGCCCCGAGCCUUGUGUAUCGAUGAGAAUGAUGAUCUUUAUACACAUUUGUCAAACUCAAAAGAACAGUUCAGAAAUGAAGAUAUUUUAGAGUCACUUGUAGAAGUUAAUGAUGAGGGCAAUGGGAAUCAGAUAGAAUCAGAUGAAGAAGAGAUGGAAAUGACAAUAGCUCCUGAAAUAAAUUUUCAGAGAAAACUUGGGAUAUUUUUGUUGUCGUUAAGAGAAAAAUAUAAGUUGCCAUCUGUAGUCAUUCCAGAAAUAGUGAAUGAAUUUUUAUCAAUGAUAGACUUCCAUCAAGCCCAGUUUUCUCAGUCGUUGAAUGAAUUUUCAGAAAGUUUUCAGCUAAAUGAAGAACAUUGUAAUCAGUUGAAAAUGAUUGUGGAAGAGAAAUCUCAAGUAGAAAGUGCCUUUACCAGUUUGAAUUCUGAGUACAAAAUAAACAAAUUUGCAAAGAAAGAACUACAGUAUGUAAAACCACUUGAAUUUAAGCCGGACUGGACAAGAAAUGAUACUUAUCAGUAUGUCCCAAUUUUGGAAACUCUUCAAAAUUUGUUGUCUCAUGAUGAUGUAUUCUCCUACAUUAUGAAUAACCACAAAUCCACAGAUGGGGUAAUUCGAGAUUUUUGUGAUGGAGAAGUGUACCAAAGAAAUGCAUUGUUUGCAAAUGAUCCUAAUGCAAUUCAGAUAAUGUUGUUCUUUGAUGAAUUCACAGCUGUUAAUCCCUUAGGUCAUCAAAUAAAAAACUACAAAAUUGGGGGAUUUUAUAUGUUACUGGGCAAUCUUCCACCUAAGUUCAGAUCCCAAUUGUAUUGCAUACAACUUGUGGCUCUUUGCAUGUCACAUACUAUUAAGAACAAUGGUUACAAAAAAAUCUUGGAACCCUUGAUAAAUGAUUUGAAAACAUUAGAAACAGAGGGUAUAAAUGUUUCAAAAUCAGAUGGGGACCACACACUUUUUGGCACAGUAAGUGUUGUGAUUGCUGACAAUCUAGGAGCACAUAGUUUAGGAGGUUUUAUGGAAUCUUUUACAACCUUAAGGAACUGUCGAUUUUGUUUCAUCACUAAAGCAGACAUGCAAAGAAAAUUUGAUUGUCAAAAUCUUAAUAUGAGAACAAUUCAAAUGCAUACUGAACAAGUGAGACUUGUAGAGAAUGAUUCUAGUCUAGCACCAGUCUAUGGAUUAAAGGGAACUUGUUGUUUGAAUGAACUCCAAAAUUUUCACUCUAUAAAUGGCAUGCCAUCAGAUAUUGCACAUGAUCUUUUUGAGGGAGUGAAACUGCUUCCCAGAUGA